AUGGACAAUCACUUUAGAGUGCUGGGAAUUUCGCGCGGCUGUGACGAGGCGGCGCUGAAGAAGGCGUACCGUCAGAAGGCCCUGGCGCUGCACCCGGACCGCAACCCGGGCGGUGCCGAGCAGUUCAAGAAGGUCAACGAGGCCUACGAGGCCCUUUGCGUGCACUUCCGCCGCAACGGCGGGCGCGACUCAGCAAAUGUGCAGACAACCACUGGCGUCAGAGGCAACAGGCCGGCCUCCCGUACCCGUACGACCUUCUUCGCCUUCAACACGUACUACAACAACGCGGGGUCUGGGUACCAGUACGCGCGACACACACACACCACCGAGGAGGCUCCACACUUUACGGAGGAGGAGCUCUUUGGCUCCAUUCCAGGAGACUUUACCUACGACAGGCGCCACACCAAGACCAAGUUCUCUACACAGGCCGAUGGCAAGGGUGCUGGCGGCAACAGUGACAGUGCCGGUCGCGGCGGCAUCGAUCCCAACGCGAGGGGAAAUCGAGGAGGUUACCGCUUUGGCACGUCUGAAAUGUAUGAGAGGGCGGACGAACGCUGGCGCCGCGCACACGGUGAGCGGGUGCCUGUUAGUGGUUAUUCCAUGAGUAGCGGUGCCGCACCCCCUCCGCAAUAUCCGCCACCACAAGGGGAACAACCUUCAAUGAGGCCGAGGCCUGUGCCCUUCCCCUCCGCAUUUACCGCGGAUGUCGGUGGCGGCGUAGGUGGUCGUCGGAGAGAUGAGAGUGCCAGGCGCAACGCGAAUGAAAGGAGCAGGGACGCCAAGGCGAGGACCACCGGCUGCAAAGGUAGCAACACGUACAGCCAUUAUACCGAUGAUCUCAAUGAAAACGAUACAUACACGUUUCAUCCUAACAGCCAUGACGCCAGCGUGGGCGAGGACGAGUCUUCGUUUGCGUCGACGGCCUCGCCCGCAAGCGGCAUUUUUCGCGAGUUUGAUAUGCAGCAAACCACGCGGGCGAUGCACCGUGAGUGGGAGCGGCUGAAGAAAGACAUGGAUUGCAAAAUGGCUGGGUCAGCGUCGCUGCCCAAACACUCGUGGGAUGGAAGAGUGGAACCUGAUGUAGAUAACGAAGAAGAUUACAUAGUGCACAAGAGGCCGCCCCAGAAGCGCGAGGGUGAGACAUUUCAUCAGCGGCUUCGUGAGCAACAACGCCUCAAUGAGAUGCACAUGCGCGAAAUUGUAGAGGAGAGACUGCAGCUGAAGAAGAUCCUCUUCACGCAGCGCUACACACCAGACCCGGCGGAUGUUGCCCUAAUGAGUGACAGUGAUGUGUUUGUGUUGUGUGAGCUCCUGGAGGAGGUGGGGCAGCGCAUGCAGCAGGUCUUUAAUGGACGAAUGAAGAAAGGGCUCUGUAGCCGCUGUGCGACGGCUUCCAAACUGCAGGACAAAAGCGUCUUCACCUGCGGCCACACAUCCACCUGCGCGGAGUGCGCCAUGACGUGCGGCUCAUGUCCGGUCUGUGCCGCUGCGCGCCGGGGUUGA